AACUUUCAGUUGCGGUUUUCUAGUUGAGCGGUACGGUCGGGAAAGCAAAGAAAUUGUCUACGCUCGCAACUUGUUUGACUGUGAGUGCAAUUAGCAAUUGCAUGGAACGAUCGGAAGCGACAAGACCCGCCAAUUAAGAUGUCCCACCUGAAAAUCGACACGCUGCCAGAUCCGGGCACUCGCUACCGGCUUGGAGAGGUUAUCGGAACUGGUGUUUGUGCCAAGGUGUACAAAGCGGUCGAUACCAAGGCGAGCAACAAGAACGUGGCCGUCAAGAUUCAGAAGUAUGAGGCGGAGCUGAAGAUGGCCAUCCAGGAGGAGUAUCGCAUUCUGCGUGAUUUCUCCAAUCAUGGCAACCUGCUGGACUUCUACGGAGUGUAUCGGAAGCGAAUUAAUGGGCAGGCGGACGAAAUUUGGUUUGUUCUGGAGUACUGCGAUCAUGGACCUGUGAUUGAUGUGAUCAAAAAGAUCCAUGUGUCUAAUCGUCGUGUAUCCGAGGAACAAAUAGCUUACAUUUUGCGUGAAACUGCUAAAGCAUUAAUCUUUCUUCAUGAGCACCACGUUAUUCACCGAGACGUUCGUGGAAGCAAUAUACUUCUAAACAAGGAAGGAGAGGUGAAAUUGUGUGAUUUUGGACUAUCACGAGACAGCAAGUCUACGUUAGGGAAACGAGGGACAUGCAUUGGAUCACCGAACUGGAUGGCACCAGAGGUUAUCAGUAGUUCUAAGAAUGAUGAAGAGGCCUACGACAACCGGUCAGACGUUUGGGCCUUAGGUGUCACGGCAAUCGAACUAGGUGAUGGCAAGCCCCCGUUCGGAGAUAUGCAUCCCACAAGAACGAUGUUUCAAAUUGUUCGCAACCCACCACCCACCUUAUACAGACCAGCGAAUUGGACCCAGAACUACAAUGACUUCAUCACGGAGUGCUUGGAGAAAAAUCCAGAUCAUCGUCCAUUCAUGAUGGAGAUUAUGGAGCAUCCAUUCCUUACGCAACUGCCGGAGAAUGACUACCAUUUGAGCCAAGAGCUAAAAAUGUUGGCCGAAUCCAUCAAAGACAUCCAAAUCCCCCAGAAGGAAGAAUUCAAACUGAUCAAGGGGGCACUGAAGGCGGCCGACAAUAAGACCGAGAAGAUGUUCGUAGAAGACUUGGCGGCCCUGGAAACCGUGACGGAGGAAUCGAUUUUGGACGAAAUGAUACAACGCUAUCAGGACGGGUCCACAUACACCUUCGUGGGAGAUGUACUGAUUUCGAUGAACGCCAACCAACCGCCUUCGGAGUAUGUUCGAGGGUUUCAUACCAAAUAUAUGUGCAAAUCACGCUCCGACAACGCACCACACAUCUUUGCCAUCGCCGACAGUGCCUUCCAGGAUAUGCUGCACCACGAAGAACCACAGCACGUGAUCAUGUCGGGCGAAAGUUACUCCGGCAAAACCACCAACGUCAAAUACUGCAUGAAGCACCUCGCUAUUUUGGGUGAAGGCAAUCCCGGAGUGUACCAGCGAAUCGAGUCCGGCUACAGGGUGCUAUCGGCUAUGAUCAACGCCGGUACACCGCUCAAUCCGGACUCAACUCGCAGUAUUGUGCAAACACAAAUGACUUUCGGACCGACCGGCAAACUGUCCGGUGCAAUUUUCUGGAUGUACUUGCUGGAGAAGCUCCGCAUAUCGUCCACCAAUAUGAACCAAUCGAACUUUCACAUAUUCUACUACUUCUACGACACGAUGGAUGCGGAGGGACGGCUGCGUGAUUUCUCGCUGGAACACGGCCGCCACUAUCGCUACCUUCGCAUACCGGAACCAAACGGUGGAAGCAAGCUUCGUUACUGCCGUGAUGAUGUCACGGGGAACAUCCAGGCGUUCAAAGAGUACGAGCAGUUGCUGCGCGAGCUUGAGCUUACACCGCAGCUGCUCGAAACGGUUUAUCGAACGUUGGCGGCCAUUCUGCUGCUGGGGGAGGUACGCUUCAGGGAUAAUGCCGGGGUGACCGAGCUGGAGGACACGGAAGUUGCUAGCAAAGUGGCGGCCUUGCUCAAACUGGACGCGAAGAAGUUUCAGUGGGCGCUGUUGAAUUAUUGUGUGAUAAUUCGCGGCUCGGCAGAGCGUAGGCGGCAUACGGCGGAUGAGGCACGCGAUGCGAGGGAUGUACUGGCGGCGACCAUAUACUCUCGUUUGGUGGACUGGAUGAUCAAUACGAUUAAUCAUAAGAUGUCGUUCGGGCGCGCUAUUUAUGGAGACCAACAUUCCAUCACCAUAACGGAUCAUUUUGGGUUUGAAUGUUUCCAUCGCAAUCACCUCGACCAGCUUAUUGUAAAUUCUUUGAAUGAACAAAUGCAGUAUUUAUAUAAUCAACGUACUUUCGUGUACGAGAUGAUUGAACAGGAAGAGGAGCAAGUCCCGGUCGUCCAGCUGCACUUUUACGACAACAAACUGGCGGUGGACCAUUUGAUGAACAAACCGAAAGGCAUCUUCAGCUUCAUAGACGACGCAAGUCGAGGUCGGCAUGGCCAAAACUACAUCAUCGACUCCAUCCACUCCAACAACAGUCCCUUCAUCAAACGAGCUAGCGGGCACGAGUUCAGCAUCGCCCACUACACGGGUCGCAUCACCUACGAUGCUCGCGAUCUGGCCGACAAGAACCGGGACUUCAUCCCACCGGAAAUGAUCGAGACUCUGCGGAACUCUACCGAGCCUAUCGUUUCGAUCAUGUUCUCGAAUCAGCUGUCACGGACCGGAAACUUAACCAUGGCCGCCGAUGAAGUCGAAGGCAAACAGACUCAGAAACCCACCAAAAAGAAACGCUGGGGUGCGGCGUUGGUCGCCGAAAAGGGUAAAGCCAAGAAAAUGAACACCCUGUCUAAGGGUCAGUACUCGCAGGUUCACAAAAUGCGUACGAUAUCGAAUGUAUUCCGUGCUACGUGUUUGGAGUUGAUUCGGACAUUGGCAAUCGGCCCGAAUAGUGGGGGUACGCAUUUUGUCCGUUGCAUUAGAUCCGAUCUGGAGUACCAACCGAACGGGUUGUCGAAGGAAAUGAUUCGUCAACAGGUGCGAGCGAUGGCAAUCUUGGAUACGGUUAAAGCGCGGCAAAAGGGUUUCUCGCAUAGGAUACCGUUUCAGGAGUUUUUGCGGCGCUAUCAAUUUUUGGCGUUCGAGUUCGAUGAAAAUGUUGAAAUGACGAGGGAUAAUUGUAGGCUGUUGCUGAUUCGCUUAAAGCUAGAAGGUUGGGUCAUUGGGAAAACCAAAGUGUUCCUUAAGUACUACAAUGUGGAAUAUCUGUCGCACUUGUACGAAACCCAGGUGAAGAAGAUUAUUAAGGUUCAGGCGAUGAUGCGAGCAUUUUUGGCAAAGAGGUGCAUUGCUUCCAAAUUGAAGAAUCUGCACAGAGCGUCGGUUAAAAAACGUCAAGCCGCUGAAAAUCCAGAUCAAGCAGCCGUGAGAAUUCAAACAGCUUUCCGGGGGCAUAUGGCUAGGAAAAAGUUCUGUCCAUUGAUCAACGAGCGUACAGGAAAACUGGAUAACGAAACGGCGGAGUUUCUGAAACCUUUUGCCAUACGUUGGAGGACGAAAUCUAUGUAUCAGGUCCUGUUGCAGUACCGUGCUGCUCGUUAUCAAGAUCUUGUUAACUUUUCGCAACAGGUACACAUCUACAAUCAACGAUUCGUAACUGGUGCUACACUUUGUAGCAACUGUAUCCUACUGGAAAAAAUAGAUUCAUCUCAGCGAAGCAAGGCUCUACUUGGACCUACACGUCCAGCCGUUUGGAAACUACGUUUCAGAUGGGACGAAAUUCCAUUCUUCGAUACGACAUACAUGUGCGAUCCCUCGGCCGCCACAUUUAUGUACACCGGAAACGAUUCCGACACCGAAGACUGGGAUGCUCCGCUGCGACGAAGAAGCAACUUAUCAUCGGAUAUCACUAAAUCUGCGCAACGGGGCAACCCAAACGACCCUUUGGAUUAUGGAAUGGCCAAUGAACCAUUCCAUCGAGAUCCUAGCUUACCCAUUCGGAAAUUAUCGCCUCGCCAUCACGUUGACUACUCGGCGCGGAAGUCUCCGGUCCAUGUUCCGGUCAACAUGUCCUCAGUUUAUGCCCCUGUACCAUAUGCACGGCAGAGCGUCGACGACAUUCGUAGCAAAUUUAAUGGGCCCUAUGCAGACGAUCCAAUGUCGAAGCCAGCCGUCUAUAAAAAACGCCCAGCACCGAAGGCUCCGGAAAUGAUGGAAAAGGAACGAUCGCCACCGAUCGAAAGCAGAAACCACAAGAAACGACCAGCUCCGCAGCCCGUCAAACAGUGGGAACCCAAAUCUGGCCCUGAGUACAGCUACGAGCCGAUUAUCAGCCCGACCCGGGUCAACCCCAUCAAGGAAAUGGAGAUGAUUGGCAAGAAAAACUUCAGCGACGAGAACGACAACGCAGAAGAUGAACCACCGUUCAAUUUCCAAGGAAUGCUCCGUAAGACCAACUACAAUCGAGCGUCGAUGAAACGUUCCAAUGAAAACCAAAGAAUGUCCGUCGCCAGUUUUGACUUCGACGAUGUUAACAACAACAACUCGUACAUGGAUAAUUUCAACCGCUCGAAUGCUAACGUUGUCUACCAGAGCAAGGUCGGAGAAAAUCGCCCAAAGUCUUGCCAGGGAUUGGACAACGAUGACAACGAGGCAGCGUUCGCUUUGUCGCGAAAACUUUCGUUAUCGCACGACACGAUGAUGUUUAACGAACCGAAAGCGGGACCAUCCCGUAGCCGCUCGCCAACUCCAUUAGAUGAAAAUAAGAACAACUACAUUCAGGAGGAAAUUGCGCCAGGAGUAUUCAUGCAAGGGUACGUUGAAGACAUCUGAGUCCGAGUAGUAAUUAGGUUUAAUUACUAUAAAACCUUUCGAAACCACAAUGUUAUUUGGAUGGUUUAAUGUUCCAAAUGUUGUAUGUCACAUAUUAUAACUGUUGAUUGAUUGUAUUCUGCAAGAUUAAAGCUUCCCAUUCGUU